AACCCACACGGCUCUGCUCUGUCUUUCGAGAACGUUCAGGCUUUGUGUGCCGGGAGUGAGCCCCGCCAGAUGGCAGCUCCCCCAGGCUGUUAUCUUACCCUCCAAGGAUCGUUUCAUGGAUUCACUUACCAUACUUAACCAUGCUGCCUUUUUCUAGGACCUGGUAAAGCCUUCUGACUUUUAAUCUCCCUCAGAACACAGACUAGACUUCAGGUAAAGCCAGCGCACAUGAGUUGUGGUUCACGUCAAGUGGCAAGACUGUGAUCAAGGUUACAAUGGGGAACUCUGAGAGUCAGUACACCCUUCAAGGUUCUAAAAAUCAUAGCAGUUCUAACACUGGUGCUGAGCAAAAGCCUUGCUCCCUGAAAAUACGCAGCAUUCAUGGGAAGGAUGACAAGUCACUGCAUGGAUGGGGUCACGGAAGCAGCGGAGCGGGUUACAAGUCCCGGUCCCUGGCCCGAAGCUGCCUUUCUCACUUUAAGAGCAAUCAGCCUUACGCAUCCAGACUGGGCGGACCCACAUGCAAAGUCCCCAAAAGCAGCGCCUACCCCAAGCACAGGACGAGCGCCUCGGGAAACGAGUUCCAGAGCAGCAGCGCGGCCUUCUCUGCAGAGAACGGCUUCCACUACGUCGGGCACGAGCGGGCGGCUGACCUCGCGGUCUCGAGGGACUGCAGUGGGCACCUUCUCAACUGCUACGGGAGGAACGAGAGCGUGGCAGCCACGCCGCCCGGCGAGGACCGCAAGAGCCCCCGGGUGCUCAUCAAGACGCUGGGGAAGCUGGACGGCUGUCUGCGGGUCGAGUUCCACAACGGCGGCCAGCAGGGCAGGGGACCCCGGGGGGACGCGGGCGGCCCCGUGCGGCUGCUGCGCUACUCGCCCACCUUGGGCCCCGGGCCGGACUCGCCCCCGGACUCGCGGCCGCGCUCCAGCAAGGGCAGCUCCCUGAGCUCCGAGUCGUCCUGGUACGACUCGCCCUGGGGCCCCGUGGGCGAGGCCAGCGAGGCCAGCGAGGCCGAGGGCUCCUUCCCGGUGCCCGGCACGCCCGCCCCCGGCCUUUGCGCCGCCGACUUCCCGCCGCCCGGGGCCCCCAAGCCGUUCAACCAAAGCUCGUCCCUGUCCUCGCUCCGGGAGCUCUACCCCGACCCCAGCCCGGCGCCCUCGGGCCUGCGGCUGUCCGAUGAGUUCGUGGGCACGCACGCCAGCCUCAGCCACCGCGUGUCCUUCGCCUCGGACAUGGACGUGCCGUCCCGGGUGGAGCGCAGGGACCCGGGCCCGUACUCGUCCUUCACCCUCCCCUGCCGCAAGUCCAAGGCCUUGACCGAGGACGCCUCCAAGAAGGACACGCUCAAAGCCCGCAUGCGCCGCAUCAGCGACUGGACGGGAAGCCUCUCCAGGAAGAAAAGGAAGCUGCAGGAGCCGAGGUCCAAGGAAGGCAGUGACUACUUUGACAGCCGCUCAGAUGGACUGAACGCAGACGUGCAGGGGCCCUUCCAGAUGUCUGCUUCACUGUGGUCUGGGGGCUCCGCUCAGAUCCUGUCCCAGAGAAGCGAAUCCGCUCAUGCAAUUGGCAGUGAUUCCCUCCAGCAGAACAUUUAUGAGAAUUUCAUGAGGGAGCUGGAAAUGAGCAGGACCAACACAGAGAAUGUAGAAACGUCCACAGAAACCGCAGACUCCAGCAGCGGGUCCCUCAGCUCUUUGGAGCAACUUGAUCUGCUCUUUGAGAAGGAGCAAGGGGUGGUCCGAAAAGCUGGAUGGCUGUUCUUCAAACCCCUCGUCACUUUGCAGAAGGAAAGGAAGCUGGAGUUGGUGGCCCGGAGGAAGUGGAAACAGUACUGGGUAACACUGAAAGGUUGCACCCUGCUGUUCUAUGAGACCUAUGGGAAGAAUUCCACGGAUCAGAGCAGCGCCCCUCGGUGUGCACUGUUUGCAGAAGACAGCAUAGUGCAGUCAGUCCCAGAACAUCCCAAGAAGGAAAAUGUGUUCUGCCUCAGCAACUCCUUUGGAGAUGUCCACCUUUUCCAGGCCUCUAGCCAGACCGAUCUUGAAAACUGGGUCACUGCCAUACAUUCAGCUUGUGCAUCCCUUUUUGCAAAGAAGCAUGGGAAAGAGGACACGGUUCGGCUGCUCAAGAACCAGACGAAAAACCUCAUUCAGAAGAUAGAUAUGGACAGCAAGAUGAAAAAGAUGGCAGAGUUGCAGCUGUCCAUUGUGAGCGACCCAAAGAACAGGAAAGCCAUAGAAAACCAGAUCCAGCAGUGGGAGCAGAACCUGGAGAAGUUUCACAUGGAUCUGUUUAGGAUGCGUUGCUAUCUGGCCAGCCUACAAGGCGGGGAGCUGCCAAACCCCAAGAGCCUCCUGGCCGCCGCCAGCCGCCCCUCCAAGCUGGCCCUCGGCAGGCUGGGCAUCUUGUCGGUUUCUUCUUUCCAUGCUUUGGUAUGUUCUAGAGAUGACUCCGCCCUCCGGAAAAGAACACUCUCACUGACCCAGCGAGGAAGAAACAAGAAGGGUAUAUUUUCUUCAUUAAAAGGGCUGGACACACUGGCGAGAAAAGGGAAGGAGAAAAGACCUUCUAUAACUCAGGUGGAUGAGCUUCUGCAUAUAUACGGUUCAGCAGCCGAUGGUGUUCCCCGAGACAACACAUGGGAGGUCCAGACCUACGUUCAUUUUCAGGAUAAUCAAGGGGUUACUGUAAUGAUCAAGCCAGAACAUAGAGUAGAAGAUAUUUUGACUCUUGCAUGCAAGAUGAGGCAGCUGGAACCCAGCCACUAUGGCCUGCAACUCCGAAAAUUAGUGGAUGAAAACAUGGAGUACUGUGUCCCUGCGCUGUAUGAAUUCAUGCAAGAACAGGUUUAUGACGAAAUAGAAAUCUUCCCGCUGAAUGUUUACGACGUGCAGCUCACGAAGACCGGAAGUGUGUCUGACUUUGGGUUUGCCGUGACAGCGCAGGUGGACGAGCAUCAGCAUCUCAGCCGCAUACUGAUAAGCGACGUUCUCCCUGACGGCUUGGCAUAUGGAGAAGGGUUGAGAAAGGGCAAUGAAAUCAUGACCUUAAAUGGGGAAGCUGUGUCUGAUCUUGACCUGAAGCAGAUGGAGGCCUUGUUUUCCGAGCAGAGCGUCGGGCUCACUCUGAUUGCCCGGCCGCCGGAGACAAAAGGCACCUUGUGCUCGUCCUGGUCAGACAGUGACCUGUUCUCAAGGGACCAGAAGCAUCUGCUGCCCCCUCCGAACCAGUCCCAGCUCCUGGAGGAGUUCCUGGACAACUUUAAAAAGAAUACAACCAGUGAUUUCAGCAACGUCCCUGAUGUCACCACUGGCCUGAAAAGGAGUCAGACUGAUGGCGCGCUGGCCCAGGUCCCCCACGGGGAGAAAACAGGGCAGACAUUCGGGAGUGCAGGACAGAUCGCGCUGUGUAGGAGCUUCAGCGACGUGCAGAGCGACAGCAUGGAAGGGCCGAGGGGGACUCGGGACCCACCUCCGCGGCCGCUGGCUCGUCACCUCUCCGAUGCAGAUCGCCUCCGAAAAGUCAUCCAGGAGCUGAUGGACACGGAGAAGUCCUACGUGAAGGAUCUGAGCUGCCUCUUUGAAUUAUACUUGGAGCCACUUCAAAAUGAGACCUUUCUCACCCAAGAUGAGAUGGAGUCACUUUUUGGAAGUUUGCCAGAGAUGCUUGAAUUUCAAAAGGUGUUUCUGGAAACUCUGGAGGAUGGGAUUUCAGCAUCCUCGGACUUUAACAGCCUUGAGACUCCCUCACAGUUCAGAAAAUUGCUCUUUUCCCUUGGAGGCUCUUUCCUUUAUUACGCGGACCAUUUUAAACUCUACAGUGGAUUCUGUGCUAAUCAUAUUAAAGUACAGAAGGUUCUGGAGCGAGCUAAAACUGAUAAAGCCUUCAAGGCUUUUCUGGAUGCCCGGAAUCCCACCAAGCAGCAUUCCUCCACCCUGGAGUCCUACCUCAUCAAGCCGGUGCAGAGGGUGCUCAAGUACCCUCUGCUGCUCAAGGAGCUCGUGUCGCUGACGGACCACGAGAGCGAGGAGCACUAUCACCUGACUGAAGCACUAAAGGCAAUGGAAAAAGUAGCGAGCCACAUCAAUGAGAUGCAAAAGAUCUACGAGGAUUAUGGGACCGUGUUUGACCAGCUAGUGGCAGAGCAGAGUGGAACAGAGAAGGAGGUAACGGAACUUUCCAUGGGGGAGCUUCUGAUGCACUCUGCAGUUUCCUGGUUGAAUCCAUUUCUGUCUCUAGGAAAAGCCAGAAAGGACCUUGAACUCACAGUGUUUGUUUUUAAGAGAGCUGUCAUACUGGUUUAUAAAGAAAACUGCAAACUGAAAAAGAAAUUGCCCUCGAAUUCCCGGCCUGCACACAGCUCUGCCGACUUGGACCCAUUUAAAUUUCGCUGGUUGAUCCCCAUAUCCGCACUUCAAGUCAGACUGGGGAAUACAGCAGGGACAGAAAAUAAUUCUGUAUGGGAGCUGAUCCAUACAAAAUCAGAAAUAGAAGGACGGCCAGAAACCAUCUUCCAACUGUGCUGCAGUGACAGCGAAAGCAAAACCAGCAUCGUCAAGGUGAUUCGCUCCAUUCUGAGGGAAAACUUCAGGCGUCACAUCAAGUGUGAGCUACCCCUGGAGAAGACCUGUAAGGACCGCCUGGUCCCCCUUAAGAACCGAGUUCCUGUUUCAGCCAAGUUAGCCUCCUCCAGGUCCUUAAAAGUCCUCAAGAAUUCCUCCAGCAGCGAGUGGCCCGGCGAGGCCGGCAAGGGCAGCAGCUCGCUGGACUCCGACGAGGGCAGCCUGAGCAGCGGCACGCAGAGCAGCGGGUGCCCCCCGGCGGGGAGCAGGCAGGACUCCCUGCAGCAGCCCCAGCCAGGCCUGGCUGAUCUGUCGGACAGUCUCCUCAAAGAGAGUGACAUUCUGAGCGACGACGAGGACGACUACCAUCAGACGCUCCAACAGGGCAGCCCUACCAAAGACAUUGAAAUUCAGUUCCAGAGACUUCGGAUCUCCGACGCCCCGGAUGCCAAGCCAGCCGACCAGCCCGACGCGGAGGGCCGACCCAAGGGGGAGCAGCCCAAGCUGGUGCGGGGGCACUUCUGCGCCAUUAAACGGAAAGCCAACAGCACCAAACGGGACCGGGGAGCUUUGCUGAAGGCACAGAUUCGUCAUCAGUCCCUCGACAGUCAGUCUGAAAAUGCCAACCUCGAUCUCGGCUCUGUUCUACAGCGGGAGUUCAGUUCCAGAGUUUAACCUCGGUGGUCACCGAGGACUGUUUUUAUGAAACAGAGGGCCACGGGCAGUUGUAGUCCAGUCUCCGGCCAGACGUGGGCUCCGCUGCUUGUUUCACUUUUAAACUGGUGGCCCCGUGGAAACUGCAAAAAAACUACUCAUUAUUGGGUUUUGUGCAGCAUACAUUUUCCCACAAAAUAGUUGUAAAGAUUUAAGUUAUUUUAAUUUAUUGUAGAUCAGAAAACUAGAUUAAACUGAUCAGAAUCUGUAAAUUACUUAGUUUAUAUCCCUUUUGAGCAGGUAUCAAAAUGACUUAGGAUCCUUAAAAUUGCAAUCUAUUUUAAUUUAUGUGGAAAAAGUCAGAUGGGGGAGUUGUGAUUAAUAGCUUUUAAAAGGUCAUUGUUUUUUUCCAAUCCUCCGGGCAUUUCCUUUGAGCUGUUAGUUUUUGCUUUAUUUAAAGCAUAUUUAUUUAAAUGGGGGUGAGGGGCACAAUGUGCAGAUAUUUCAUUUUUGUAAGGUUGUAACAGAUGCUGUUUAUACUGAACAUGUCAUAUCUAUGCAGUAUAUAUAUUAAAAGAGAGCUUGUACUGUA